AGCUCAUCUCCUGUCCAGGGUGCAAGCAAGUAUUUCUUACCAGGGAUGUAACUGAGGAUUUUUUUCUGCAGUGCGUUGCUACUGGGCAACCCAAGAUGGCCAGGAAUUGCUCCGAGUGCAAGGAGAAGAGGGCGGCGCAUAUCCUGUGCACAUACUGCAAUCGCUGGCUGUGCAGCUCGUGUACCGAGGAACACCAGCACAGCCCUGCUCCUGGGGGCCCACUCUUCCCUCGGACCCAGAAAGGAGCUCCAGGAGUGAAUGGUGGUUCUGGGGACUUUGCCUUGUACUGUCCUCUGCACACACAGGAAGUGCUCAAGCUAUUCUGCGAGACCUGUGAUGUGCUCACAUGCCAUAGCUGUCUGAUGGUGGACCACAAGGAACACAGGUGCAGACAUGUUGAAGAAGUACUGCAAAACCAGAGGAUGCUUCUGGAAAGUGUGACUACACAGGUGGCCCAUAAGAAGUCCAGUCUACAGACAUCUGCUAAGCAAAUUGAGGACAGGAUUUUUGAAGUGAAGCAUCAGCACCGGAAAGUGGAAAACCAAAUCAAAAUGGCUAAGAUGGUGCUGAUGAAUGAGCUGAACAAACAGGCCAAUGGACUCAUAGAGGAACUGGAGGGCAUAACUAAUGAGAGAAAGCGGAAACUGGAGCAACAGUUACAGAGCAUCAUGGUUCUCAACCGUCAGUUUGAGCAUGUGCAGAAUUUUAUCAAUUGGGCUGUCUGCAGCAAAACAAGCAUCCCUUUCCUUUUCAGCAAGGAACUGAUUGUGUUUCAGAUGCAGCGAUUACUGGAGACGAGUUGUAACACAGAUCCCGGCUCCCCUUGGAGUAUUAAGUUCACUUGGGAACCUAACUUCUGGACCAAGCAGCUGGCUUCCCUUGGCUGCAUAACUACAGAAGGCGGACAGCAGUCUCGGGCAGACACUCCUGCUUAUGGAGGCUUACAGGGGACACCAUCCUUUUAUCAAAGCCACCAGUCCCCUGUGGCUCAGCAAGAGGCUCUCAGCCACACUCCUCACAAGUUCCAGGCUCCGACACUGUGUUCCUCAUCUGUGUGCUGUUCCCACUGCACCCCAGUCUCACCCUCCCUCAAAGGUCAGGUGCCCCCACCCAGCAUCCACCCAGCCCAUGGUUUUAGGCAGCCCUCUGAGAUGGUGUCCCAGCAGUUGGGGCCACUGCAGUGUCCCACCCUGCAACCUAGGGAGAAAGAGCUGACCUGUGGUCCGCAUCCACCAAAGCUGCUUCAACCCUGGCUGGAAACCCAGCCCCCAGCAGAGCAGGAGAGCACAUCCCAGCGGCUGGGGCAACCACUGACUUCCCAGCCCGUGUGCGUCGUCCCCCCACAGGAUGUCCAGCAAGGAGCCCCCGCCCCACCCACCUUGCAGACACCCUCUAUCCAAGUCCAGUUUGGCCACCACCAGAAGCUGAAGCUUAGUCACCACUAUCAGCAGCAAGCACAGCAGCAGCUGCCACCUCCCCCGCCUCCGGCCCCGCAGCAGCCACCCCCGCCUCUGCCUCCAUCCCAGCACCUGGGGUCUAGUCAGCAUGAGGGCCCUCCUGGUCCUGCCUGUUCCCAGAAUGUGGACAUAAUGCACCACAAGUUUGAGCUGGAGGAAAUGCAGAAAGACUUGGAGCUUCUCCUCCAGGCUCAACAGCCCAGCCUGCAGCUGAGUCAGACCAAAUCUCCUCAGCAUCUGCAGCAAACCAUUGUGGGGCAGAUCAACUACAUCGUGAGGCAGCCUGCGCCCGUCCAGUCCCAGAGCCAGGAGGAUACUGCUCAGGCUGCAGAUGAGUCCCCUGCCUCUGAGGGCCCAAAGCCAGCUCUCCCAGUUGACAAGAAUUCUGCUGCUACUGCUGCUGCUGCUGCCUUGCCACAGGCACCUGGGGAAGAAACUCCUCACAUUGUCCCCCCAGGGGAUGGCACCAUCCAGCACUCCUCUCCCAGUGUGGUGAGAAAGCAUUCCACCUCAGUCAGCAUCAUGGGCUUCUCCAACACUCUGGAGAUGGAGGUGUCAUCUACCAGGCUGGCAAGGACUGUGGAGCCAUCACAGAUCAAGGCUGGGAGCAGCCUCACCACUGCACCUCCCCAGGCAAUACCAAGCCUGCUGAGUGGCACCCCUCAUUCUGUGCCAAGUCUGAUGAGUGUUCAGAACCAUGCCAUGCCGGGCCUGACAACCAGUCACCUACAGACUGUGCCCAGCCUUGUGCGUGGCACUUUCCAGUCCAUGCCUAACCCAAUGAGUGAGUCCCCCCAGGCCACUGCAAGCCUCAGAAGUGAUCACUCUCAGACCGGUUCCAGGCUGAUGUCUGGACACAUGCAGGCUGUGUCCAGUUUGGCCAGCCGUCCUCUGCAGAGCGUGCCUCCAAUGCCUGAAAAGCAGCCAGAAACUGGGUCCAGCUCCAGCUCCAGUCCUGGCUCUGGUCGACCAGCAGGGAGCCUGUGUCCGGGGGAUGGGGCUGACAGCUCCCUAGUGAAUGCCCUGUGUAAGAUCGAGAGUGAGGAUUCUACCAGCUUCACUGACUUAGCGGGACAAGGCCCUCUGCCUUCUGGACUGGCUCUUAAGGACUUGGCUAUUUCCUCAGAACUGGAAGAGCCAAUUAACCUGUCUGUGAAGAAACCUCUCCCAACCCCAGCGACCAACACAUCCACGGCUUUGCAGCAGUACCGGAACCCAAAAGAAUUUGAGAAUUUUGAACAAGGAGCCCUAGAACUGGAUACAAAAAAGAACCAGAGCAUCAGAGCCUUCCACAGUGAGCCCAAGAUUCCUUAUGUGAGGCUGGAGCGACUCAAGAUCUGUGCUGCCUCCUCAGGAGAGAUGCCUGUGUUCAAGCUGAAGCCACAGAAGAGUGAUCAGGAUGGGAGCUUCCUGCUGGUUAUUGAAUGUGGCACCGAGUCCUCCAGCAUGUCCAUUAAGGUCAGCCAGGACAGCCUGCCUAAUGCCAUCCAAACUGUAGGCCUGGGGGGCAGAAAGGUCACUGUCACUUCUUUGACUGGGCAGCGGCCACCAGAGGUGGAGGGCACAUCUCCUGAAGAACAUAGACUCAUCCCUCGAGCCUCUGGAGCCAAGAAGGGACCCCCAGUCCCAAUCGAAAAUGAAGACUUCUGUGCUGUGUGCCUCAAUGGGGGGGAGUUGCUGUGCUGUGACCGCUGCCCCAAAGUAUAUCACCUCUCCUGCCAUGUGCCAGCUUUGCUCAGCUUCCCAGGGGGAGAGUGGGUUUGUACCUUGUGCCGCAGCCUGAGCCAGCCAGAGAUGGAGUAUGACUGUGAGAAUGCCCGCUACAGCCAGCCUGGAAUGCGGGCACCUCCUGGCCUGAGCAUAUAUGACCAGAAGAAGUGCGAGAAGCUGAUCCUAUCCCUGUGCUGCAACAGCCUCAGCCUGCCCUUCCAUGAACCCGUCAGCCCUCUGGCCCGGCAUUACUACCAAAUUAUCAAGAGGCCCAUGGACCUAUCCAUCAUCCGGAGGAAGCUGCAAAAGAAGGACCCCGCUCACUAUACCACCCCAGAGGAAGUGGUGUCCGACGUGCGUCUCAUGUUCUGGAACUGUGCCAAGUUCAAUUAUCCCGAUUCAGAGGUGGCAGAGGCCGGCCGCUGCCUGGAGGUGUUCUUUGAGGGCUGGCUGAAGGAAAUCUACCCAGAGAAACGGUUCGCUCAGCCACGCCAGGAGGAUUCUGACUCGGAGGAGGUGUCGAGUGAGAGUGGAUGUUCCACUCCCCAGGGCUUUGCAUGGCCCCCUUGCAUGCAGGAGGGCACCCAGCCCAAGAGGCGGCGACGACACAUGGAGAAUGAGAAAGCAAAGAAAAUGUCUUUCCGCCUGGCCAACAGCAUCUCCCAGGUGUGAGGAAGGAGCCUGAGCACUCUGGUAGCCAGCACUCUGUCCUGUUGACUAUUUCUUCCCAUCUUCCAGCUUAUUCUCUUCAGAAUGUGGAUAUGACAUGAGUCUUGUUGAGCUGUGUAGUGGUCUU